AUGCGAAGAAUUUUUCGGGCGCCGUUUGGCAAGCUCAUCCGCCUUAUUCGGCCUCGAGCAAGCUCUGAUGCGGUAUCCCGGGAUUCUUCUCCAGUAUCUUGCGCUUCCAAACGGAAAGGCAAAAGCAAAGAUGAGGGUAACAAGAUUCCACCAUCUUCAUCUGCUCCUUUGGACAUAGCCGUACAGGAAACUCCUUUGGAAAUAACCGUACAAGAAACCUCAGUUUCCUCAGAAGCUAAGCAGUCCGAUCCCCCAUGUCUUGCAAGCCACGACGGACCAGAAGAUGCAGCAGCUGCUGCUGCGCUUCGUGAUAUACUAGACGGUCUAUACUCUCAUGAUCUUUCACCUCUGGUUCAAAGGGUAUUAGGAUCUCAUGUUGAAAAUGACUCGUUCUCAGACCCCAUGUAUCCCUACUACCUCGACGCCAUAACCCCCCCGCCAGUACCACCAACAGGAUAUGUUCCAUUACCUCGCGACCAGGUGCACAACGACCAACCGGAUCGACCAAUGCCGAAUGGGAUAAACGGGAUAAACGGGACAAAUGAGAUACCUAGCCACUACAAUACUCAGCAGCUACAUCAAGAACCUCCCAGGUCGGCAGACAGCUCCGCUGUCACUAUGGACCUCUCUGCUCCCCAGAGAUGGAACAUCCCAGGUCUUGAGCAUUACAAUCGCACCGGUAGUCAUCAAGCAGGCGGCAAGUGGCUUUGCCAGCGAUGGACUACAAUAUCGGUACAGGGAUAUUUGUUUCGAGUUCCUGUUGGGCUGUUGCAAAGGUAUCCCGCUUGGGAAAUACUUGACGACAGAAGGAGACCUCCCAUCCGCGCAUGGCAGAUUAACGAGAUACAUCCGGACGUAUUUGGGAUAAUCAUCGAAUGUCUCAUGACUCCGAAUGGGUUUGAAGGUGGAGAAGCAGGCCUCAAUCUGGUCAUAAUACUUGAAGCCGCCGAGCAAUGCGAGGCAUGGGGAAUGCGCCCCGAGGUCACCAAGUUGCUUCGCUCAGCACAUCGCUACAUUGCCCGACGCAUCUUCUUUCGAAACCCAUUUGACUCGCGAUCCAUGGUGACGCUCGACCACAACUAUUAUAAAUAUCGCUCCGAGGAAAUAUACCGCGCAUGGAUGCUUUUGGAUUCUUCCAGAAGCUACGUUGGCCAAGAAAUUACGGCAGAGGAGCUGGCACUGAUUUACAUCUUUGCCAUUGCUGAGGACAUAUGGCCAGCAAUCACGGCCGACUUUUCAAGUCGGUUCAAUGAGCUGAUCGAUUUGUGUAUUGCAACUUUUAGAAUUCGUCUGAAUGAGGAGUUUGAGAAGUGCUGGUUCCGAUACUUUGUCAAGGCUGGCUUUUUGGAUUACUCCUGGCUCAGGCAUUCACCUACCGCCAUGGCCAUGUUUAUUGGCCAUCUUGGGCUGUCACAAAAUUUGGACGAGUUCAACGAGGAAUCCAAGGAGGAGAUUCGUAGUUCGGUUGCUGAUCCAUCUGGGCCAUCACGAGAACAACCGUCCAGAGGACAACUGUCCAGUGCACAGCCCUCCAGAACGUCCAGACCGCCCAUAUUCAAUGCGGUGGAUUUUGCAUAG